GCUAGGAACACAAAUGCAAAAUAGUUGCUCUGGCCCACCCCUGCUCUGCUCCCUCUCUGAGCCACCGUCCACAAAUGGUGAAUAUCAGGAAAAACAGCCAGGGACUGCGAGGCUACGAGGCUUUUUACGAUAACGGUAAGUUGAUUCUUCGCACAGGGUGUCACGCUCGGCACGGGCGGGGGUCAGUCACCGCGUGUGUAUGUAACGCAAACGCUACGUGUGUCGGAACGCGUAAAGUUAACGGGUCGUAUUAGCUGACGUCUUCCCGUCCGGGGCCCCAAAACAACAACAGCAGCAGCGUUUGCUUCUAGCUUGCUUGCUAACGUUGUUUAACGGCCACGUUUAGCCUGCAGUGUCUCCAUAAAACCAGCUAAAACUAGAAUCAGUGUGGUGGUGAACAACAACCCAAGUAGCUCUAGCGUUAGCCAAUGUUGUGAAGGAAUUCAGUACCCGCGAGGGAAGGAGAAAAUGAGCUAUGAAUGGAAGUCAGUGCGUGAGAAAAGUGUGUUCACUGAAUGUUAUGGCCAGCGACAGCAACUCUUCUUCGGCUUGUGUAGUUUAAGCUUUGCCUCAUCCUUCUAAAGACGUUUGCUAAAGUUAGCCAGGUGCUCACCACAGGAACUUCGGUCCCAGAGGUCAUGGCCUUUGGCACAGAGGAGGAGUUUCGUCAUUAAGUGGAGGUCAUCACCCCGAUGCUCCAGGAGAGCUGGGGUAGUGUGGCCGUGGCCCUCCAGUGACCUGAAUGUAGUCAGAAUAACAUCACCGCUACAGCCAGCCCUUCAGCGCGUCUGUGUUUGGUUUACACACUGUGUAUGGUCACGUGGGUGUGUUGGCACCUGGGCUGCUACUAACAGUUGUUUCCAUUAUAGAUCAUGCGUUUUUUCUCUCGCUCUUAUUGCUUUGUUUAUUUCCCAGAAUGCAAGACAACAUCUUCAAAUUGCUAUAGUCUGGAAUGCAGAGAUAUGCAGUUUUCUAGGAAAUUAGCAUUUUUGCAUGGAAAAUGACAAACAAUCAAUUGCUUAUGUAAAUAGUAACUGAUAGGAUUUUGUGUCUAAAUAGCUGAUUUAAAGUUUCUGUCAAUGAUGUGUCAUUUCAGCUCUCCGAAACAUGAUUGACUUUUUCUCGUCCAACACACAAAUGUGUAGAAAGCGUAUCUGUAAUACACGCGAAGACGUCACAUCACUGUAACUUUAGGCUGAUCAGUCGAAAACAACCAGCGCCGAACUUCUACAGACCGAGUCAAAUAAAUAGAUGUAAAGAUGUAAUAUCGGUGCACUGCAAAACAUCAAGACUGAGUAGGGUUCACCAAGUGGAGAAAAAACAACAACACACACUCACUGCUAAUCACACUCGCAUGCCACUCUUUCUCAGAUGCUGGAUGAGUACAUUCGUGGCUCGUUAAAUGAGCGACAAAAGUGAGAGCACCGAGUGCAUUUGACUACAGGCACACUUGAUGUGGGGCUCUUAAUGGGCAGCGUGUGUUGUGGUUAACUCACUUUGCAAUGGCCUUUGUUCAAUUAGGUCACACAGCCGCUUUACAAGGUGAUGCCUGAUGACACGUGCCACCUUUCACAUCCGUUGGGAACCACUGAUUGGUCAAGACUUUUAGGGGAGUGUCUGACGACGUAAAUAUGAAACAGGAAUGGACACAGGUUAAGUUCCAGUAUUUUGCUUCACUGGGCAACAUGACUACUCAUCAGAUAAGGUCACUUCAGGCCAUGGGUGCCUCAGAUCCCGAGCACCUACAAUUGUUGCCUAUGGUACCACCUCCUCAUAUGAGAGUCAGAUCAUGCCCAGUAAUUUGCUUAUUUCAGAAAUAUAAAAAGCAGCAACAGGCUCAGUGAAGAAGCUCAUAGAUUUUCCUCACGGCUGCCGGGGUUAAUUACAGGGGGGGGGGGGCGCUCGCUUUAUCCACUUACAGAAAGACGAGCGGUUAUUAUAAAAUAGAGUGACUCUUUUUAAACAUCGCACAGUGUGGGAAAAUUUGCCCGAGAAAAUUGCACAUCCAUUCUUAUAGUUGACACCUGGUCUCAUGCAUUAAGGUGUCGUGUGCUAUUUAUCUCGGGUCAUGAAAAGGCUGAUUUGUUUAUUGUGAGAGCCACACGUCACACUCAUGUUUUGUUUAGACAUAUUUAAAUGCGAGGUGUGACGCUCCGUCAUCUGUGCCCACUUUACUUUCUCUUGCUUCUUGCGCUACAUCUAUCAGAGGAAAGCGUGAGCAGCAUCAGAGGGGCUUGAUGCCUUCACUCAGGAGGAAAUAGUUGGAUUGAUCUUAUUCUAGUGCAAAAGCAGCAGACCUGGGCAUGCUUUCAAUGGCAUUACACUCACCAGAUGUGUUCCCGUAUGUGCGAUGUGCCAGUUGCAGUCACAGUGAAAAAUCUCUCAAGAUUACCGCAGAUGUGGGAAGUUGAAUCUCUGCAGGAGCAUACGAUUAGAACCGCUUCUUAGUCGAGGGCUUGAAUCACACGCUUGGUCUUUCCAAUUGAACGUUUUCUUUGUCGUUGCCAUAUAUUGAGGGAUAGGUGGGUGUGGUUCUGAAACAAAUAUGAGAGAAAUAUACAGCAAAUUGAACCACAGCAUAUAAAUACACGUGUUAUGGAAGAAAUGAUCAUUGUUGCCCUUCGUUACUAAUCUAACUUAACAGAUGAAAUGAUGAAAAUAUAGCAAAGGAUAGUUCGACCACAGCUGCCAUAAUCCAAAUGCUCGAUAACAGCUCCUAUGCACAGCAUGAACAGGAAUUGUGGUGUGUAAUAACAGCUAUUUAACAAAGGUAUGGUAAUUAUUUACAUGCAAAACUUAAUUAGAAACACCUGAGAACGUGAAGAUUAUUAAAAUCAGCAAUGUGAAGCGCCAUGAAGAGACAAAGCACAAAUCUUUUGAGCAAACAUACCCACUCACAUCAGAAAUGAAGGCACAUAAAAUAAACAAUCUUAAGAGACAAAUAUGAUCAGAGUCCUGAUUAAUUAACUGUUUAACAAUGAUGUUAAAAGAGAGGAAUAGAGCUGAAACAAGUUUUAAUAACCACAGUGGACGCACAUUUCUCUUAUAAGAUGAGAAUAAUAUAAUAUUGUGGCUUUUUUUGGUUGACAUCACUUCACUCUGAAUGAACUGAAUUUAGAGCUGCAGGGCAAAGACAAUUCAUUUUUCUUAAAUUAAGUAUUUUAUUUGACAAUGCACAUUUUUCAAGCUGUCUAAGGUUCCUUUACUUGUCUGCUGCUAACAAUCUCUUCAUUGACAAUAAUUAGAGCUGCCUGUGGCAUCAGCUAAUAGCUGCACAUGAUAGGUGGGACAAACGUCAAUCAAUGAAACGACCAAUCUGAGCCAUUGAACAUAAAACAGCCAUGCUUUCUCAUUCAGUGUCUUUUUUGUUUUUACACACAAACAGCCAGAAUUUCCAUUUAUAGUCACCUACAUGUUGUCAGUAUGUGUGCAAGACAUCAGGAAAUAAUUGCUUUUUUGUUGUUGCCAAUUUCAUGUCUGAUUUUGUAAUAACAAGUGCAUAUGUGUUCAUCUUUUUAGAUCUCUUUAUGUGCAAAUGUGACAAUUACUAAAUGGGUUUGAAUGGGUGAAGUCAUCGACAUCCAACUGUGCCCUGACGCUGUGAUGACUGAAGGGAGCAGAAUCUGCACUUUAUUCCGUUGUUGUCGGCCUACUGACAGUCGGCAUGAUACGGAGAAGCUUUACAAAGAUCCACCUGCUGGAAAAAUGCAGGAACAGAGAUGUUUGGAAACGUUUCCUUGAGCAAAUGUCACAUGUUUGCUUCCCACGUGUUGAAGUAAUCUGUGCUCGUCACACCAAGUGAUUGCAGGCAGCUGGAAAAUGUAGUGUUUGUAUUCAAUACAGGUACAAAUAUAGAGUGGUGUUUAGUCCCCUGCACCAAGCAGCACAGUUACAGCGGUAAGAGUCUGUUGGUGCAGACUACAGUCAAAGCGGUGUUCCACUAAAGUAGACAACAACAGCAUUCGCCACUUAUUAUUAAUAUGAAGAGCGUCGGUCAAAGAUGUUUGUGAAACGGUUCAUCAUAUUAAAAGGCUGUGCUUUUUUUUUUUCCAUAGAUAAACACAGGAAGUGCAUUACAAAAUGUCGGAUGAGAUCAAAGAGCACUCCGAUCCCGUGGUGACCUUUAAAUCCACCUCAGGGAGCCGGCUUAUAGAUGAUCAGCUCGACCUUUGCGUCUGCUUUGAACAACACAGUGUGUGAUCAGGAUGUUUGUUAUGAGAUUAAUAUUGUUCCGAAUGAAAGGGAAAUGAGGUCCUUCAUUUCUAACCUUAUUAGCAUACAUAUGAAUGCCAUGUCAUUUUGGUCUUCUAGUUCAUAGAAAGUUGAUAAAGGAAUACAUCCUUGCAGAUAUCCCGAGUCUCCGGUGACCUGGAGGUGUCUCUCUUAUCCCUCUGAUGUGGUGCCUGGUCCACUGCUGGCGUUGAUGGAAAUUUAAAGUGCUCGUGUCUGAUGAAGGCAGCGAAGCGCCACAUUUUUCCGUGCUGCUGCUCAUCUCGGCUCAUACCUGACCUAUUUUAUUUCUCCUCUCGGUGCGAUCGACGACCGAGAGUGAUACCUCGGAGACAGCUCUGAUUGAACAGUCGGGAUUGAAGCUCGUUGCUAAUCUGCGAGCUUUGCCAGAACUAUUUAACUGCGGUAUUUAUAGAUCGUUUCGUUUUCUGCCCCAGUCUAUCUUUGUGCUUCUCCGUCUGCUUCUCCUGCGUUUAUUUUGAGAGUUGUUAACAGUUUGAGCGUUUUUUUUUUUGUUUUUUUUUGAGAAUUUCACCGAGCAAUCGGCGCUUCGCGGGCCGGGGGCCUGACUAAAUAAAGCUGAACAUGAAAGAGACCACGGCCCUCUGGGGAGAGUCAAGUGAAAGGGUUUUGUAUCUUCACAGCAUGAAGCUAUGUGUGCGCUGUAAUGGACACACACACACACACACACGCUCUGCACACUUAACCUGGAAAGCAGCCAGCGUCUCUUUGUGCUGGCCUACUCUGCUGUGGAAGGUCCGUCUGAGUGAGACGGCUCAAUUACGGCUACCCGACCAAUCUGGCCCCGGGAUCAGGGGGUAUUUCUGUCUUACACACUGUAACAAAGGCAGUGCCCUGCUCGCUCUGUUUGGACAAGACCCAUCGACCGGCGUAGCCCUCGGGGGACACCGAGGAAAUGCUGCUCUGGAGAGGAAUCUGACUUUUACUGUUAUCAUCUAAACAGCAGGGCUUUCCCUCUCAGUCAUUAGAAAUGAACCACAAUAUAGGAGACUAGAGAUGCACCGAUACUCUUUUCGGUCCGCUGAGGACUCAAAUAGCCGGAUCAGGUGUCGGUGACAGUGGGCCAAUCUGGUAUCGGAUACCAUUAUUUUAGUAGAUAACAAUUCAGUACAUUUAUGUAUUUAUUUGUUGCAUUUUGUUUAACAAAGUUAGGAAAGCAAUGUUUAAGUCGAGCCUGAUCUUGCCUUAAGAAUGAUCCCAGUCACUUCCACACAGUGAGGCGUACAGCUUAUUGACUAAACGCCGCUAUCGGAUCGGUACUCGGUAGCCCGGGUAUCGGGACUGAAAAGGUCAGACCGGUGCGUCCUUGUAUAUGACAUGUACGUUAAGAUUUGAUAGUUCAACAUGAUCACUGCACUGAACUUACUUUUUCGAUUUAAGAAUCUGUGUUUUAAAUGUCGGAAGAACUUCCCCUUAAGAGUCAACGCUGGUUGUUUUUCCACAACCAAGAGUCCAAAACUCAAAGAUAUUAAAGUUACAAUUUCACAUAAAGCACAAAGCUGCAAAUCCUCUCAUCUGAGAAGCUAUUUAUCAUUAGAAUCUAUUAUUGUACAUUUUCUCUCGAUUGACUCAUCAGCCCUAUAAUCUUGCGAGCAUACAGCGUAGUUGGUUUCUUUUCUUUUUUCCCCUCUUUUUUUUUUUUUUUUUGAGGAAAUUUCCACCAGCUUGAACACUUUGUCCUAUAAAACUUGAUGACCCUGGCAGGCAGAUGUACAUCCUCCCUGUGUGAUUAUAAACAGGCACUGCUCAUAAUUAAAGUCAGACAAACUCAACCAAUAGAAUCAUCCCCUUACAGGAAGAAACCAUUUUCUGUUUUUAAAGGACUACGGCGUUUAAUUAAGUAGCUCAUUUGUCACUUGACAUGGUUUCAUUUAAAAGUUUUCACAUAAAUCAUAACGAGUAUAGAGUUAGUAUGUUUUCCAUUAAACUUUUUAGUGCAUUGGUUGGCGAUGUCUUUGAUGUAGGUGUCUCAAAGCUAAGGCUCAUAUGGUGCCUAGACCAUUUAUAAUUAUGCUGCUCCCACCAUGAGCUUGUUUGGCGUCAGCGUUCUUAAAAUUAAUAAUGAGCUUAAAUGCUCUUUUGAACAAAAGGUGUCUGGGGCUUAUUUGUUUUAAAGCCCCUUGCUGCACCACCCUGCCGCCUCACUUCACUGCGACUGCUCUCUGUUGAUCUGAGAGUCCCAGGCUCUCAGAUGUUGACGUCCAUCAUCAAGCGGCUCACGCCGUACUGAGCCGCCCCGCUCCUAUCUUUAUUUUACUUUUGAUCCCUUGGCUCUGUCUGCCAAGUGUGACUGGAGGCUUGCGAUGAUUCCGGCUGCACCGCCAGCUAAUCUAUAUGCUAAUGAGAAGAUGAUAAUCAAUGGGGAUCAUGCAUGGUUGGCCCCAAUCAAUACCACAUUGCACCGGCAAACGGUUCAAAUGGCUACAUUUCAUAGAGCCAGACGGUUGGGUGGCGCGCUAAUGUGGCGGGGCAGAGCAUAAGUAUGCCAUUACCCUCUGGUUUUAUCUUUCCUAUUUCACAUCAAUGAAUUCUGCUGUUGUUAAAGAGAGGUUUGGAUUCAGCUGCAAAGAUAUCCCGUUUCAAUUUUAGGGAGAGGGUUGCAAUUUUCUAGUCUUAUUGUUGAGCAUUUUAUUUCCAUAACUGCUAUGAGUCGGAGGUUUGAUGCUUUCCUGCUGCGACUUCAUAGAUCCUGAAGUAUAUUAUUAGUGGAGUUUGGACUUUAAAGGUGCGGUUUUAGCAGGAUUAUGGUACUUUAAAAAAAAAUUAUUCUACCUCACAACUGACAGUUACUGGGUAAUGGGCGUCUUGACGGAUCAUGAUUUUAUUUAUUUCAUAGCAUCAGUGUCAGUCACAAAAUUGAUGAUUACUGUGCUACUAGUCAGAUGAUGGGUUCAAUGCUCUGGCCGUGAGUUACUGCUCCUGUCCAUCGCUCAAUGUUAUGAUACAAAAUUGGCCCACUUACUGCUGCUGGUUAUUUGUGGAAAUAGUGCUUUCUAUAACUUCUCCUGUCGACCCUCAAAUUUGAGGCACUGAAAUGGAGACAUCUGUCCACACGUAGACUAAACAAAAUAACACAUAUGCUGUCAUUAAAAUCAAAUGCCUCAUUACCUUGGAUUUAACAAAAAAACAAUUAGGUGAUGAUUACACAGUCUACCUUAUGUUGAAGGGUCUAAGCAUCCUAAAAAAAAAAAAAAAAUCAGUAUUCAGGCAGCAGCAGAGGGGGAGGGGAAAGACGGAGUAAAAUCAUUACCAUCAUCUUCAUUAGAGAGCGUCCUGCUGACCAAUGAGCACGCUGCUCUGCACGGGGAUUCCAUAGGCACCCCGUUGGCUGUCGCUAGGAUACCAAAUAAUCAGGAGGCAGCCCGUGGCCUGGUUGGUGGAGCGGGGUGUUGAUGCUGUGUGUUGGGGGUAGACGAGAGAGAGGUGCUGGGGUUUUUUUGGGAUACGGCACGGAGAGACGCGCUCGCACACACACACGCUCACUCAUUCAGUCCGUCGGCCAGCCAGCCACUCAGUCAGCCAGGCAGACAAAGAGGAGCAGCAUCCUGCAGGAGGACCGCACGCUCCCGGGGGAUGGGGCAUCAUACCCCUGCAUCGCGUUGGGGGGGCCGGAGGAGGCACAGGAGAGCCAUUCAGAAGAGCCGGGGGUCAAAGGUGAGAAGAGCAGAGGGCACCAUGGAGAGCGAGCCGGGGGCCCCCGCCUCCACGGCCAACAGCACCAUCGCCUCCUCCAGCACCACAGCUGCCAGCAGUAGUGGUACCUCUAACACCACUACUACUACUACUGCUGCUGCUACCACUUCCAGUAGCAGUAGUAGUAGUAACACCAACAGUAUUGCCAGUAGUAGUACUACAGCAGGAAGACAGACAGUGCCUCAGAUAUCUGUUUACAGUGGGAUACCUGAUCGACAAACAGUGCAGGUGUUCCAGCAGGCGUUACACAGACCCAACACAGCAGCACAGUACCUGCAGCAGAUGUACGCUGCUCAGCAGCAGCACCUGAUGCUGCAGACCGCAGCCCUCCAGCAGCAGCACAACCUCAGCACCGCUCAGCUCCAGAGCCUGGCCGCUGUACAGCAGGCCAGUAUCGCAGCUGGCCGGCAAAGCUCUUCACAGAACGGCACUUCCUCCCAUCAAACAGGAUCAACUCAGACUACGAUCAACCUGACGACCUCUCCGGCAACCGCUCAGCUGAUCAGCCGGGCCCAGAGCAUCAGUUCGACUCCCACCAGUAUUUCCCAACAGGCUGUUCUGCUGGGCAACCCGUCCAGCCCCACAUUCACGGCCAGCCAGGCGCAUAUGUACCUGCGCGCACAGAUGGCGCAGCAGAGUAACCUGGUGCAGGUGGCCAGGAGCCUGGGCCGGGCUGUUCCUCUGUCGCCGCAGAUCAUCUUCACUCCAACGGCCACAGUGACGGCCGUCCAAUCAGAGAGCUCCACGCAGACCUCCUCACAGAAUCAGGUCCAGAAUCUGGUGAUCCGUGGCCAGCAGGGGGCGCCCACAUCCUCCUCUCAGACUCAGACCCUGCAGGCUCUCAGUCUGAAGCAGAGCCCCGUGCCCAUCCAGCCCGCCUCCCUCAUCAAGAACCCCGGCCAAGUGGCGCAGGCCUCCGCGGGGGGGAAGGCCGGCUCGUUUGAGGCGGGGAAGAAGGGCGACAGCGCAGCGGUCACAGAAGUCCGAGCUAUAAACAUGAGCCGCAGCGUCACCACCAUCAGUGCUCAGCCCCUCAUCUCUCCAGCGUACACACAGAUCCAGCCCCAUUCGCUGGUUCAGCAGCACAAGCAGAUGCAGCAGCAGUUUGUGGUCCAUCAGAGUCAAGCUUCCCAGAGGGCCGCGGGCCAGCUGCUGCAGACCGCCUCCAUCCAACCGUCGCAGCACCCCGUCCCCGUUCUGCCCAAACCUGCUCCACACCAGCCCUCCAUGCCCGGUCAGCAGGCCACCAUCUUCCACUCCACCAUCGGCCCCCACGCCCUCCACUCCUCCCUCAACCACGCCAAAGCUCAGCCCGUCCAGCUCACCGCCAUCAACCUCCAAAUACAGCCGACGGCCUCCCGACUGGUUCAGGACAGUAAAGACAAGCCGACCUCGCUGGUGGUCAGAGAGACGUGUCCGCCCCCCCUCACCGCCUCACAGCAGCCACAGCAGCAGCAGCAGCAGCAACAGCAGCCACAGCAGCAACAACCUGCGCCUUCGCCAUCGCAACCCAUCAAACCUGUAGAGCAGCCCAAGGUCACUGCAGCCCCACCAGCUGUUCAGCCGCAAGCAGGCGGGGGCUCGACCAAGAGGCCGAGCGCUGCACCUGGGACCCCGCCUCCGGCCAUGACCUCGGGGAACGAGAGCGAGGCGCCCACGGUGACGGGCAGUGCGCCGCAGAACGGGGAGAACAAACUGCCGCAGGCCAUCGUCAAGCCCCAGGUCCUCACACACGUCAUCGAGGGCUUCGUCAUCCAGGAGGGGGCCGAGCCGUUCCCAGUGUGUGUGGAGCGUCUGCCGAUUCUUAUCGACAGCCCGAAGAAGCUGGAUCACCAGCUCUCCUCGGACCCCGACAAAACCCCCGUCAGCAACGCAGCAAACAGCGACUCCGACCCCGAGGACAUGAACCAGACAGAAAAAGAGCAGGAACCCAAGCUGACGUGUGAAUACUGUGGAUGGGUCGACUUUGCCUUCACAUUCAAAGGCUCCAAGAGAUUCUGCUCCAUGGUUUGUGCGAAGAGGUACAACGUCGGAUGCACGAAGCGGAUUGGCCUCUUCCGUCCAGAGAGGACUAAACCGACGAAUCGCUGGCGCAGAAGAUCUCCGGGUCGCUCCAGUGUGCCGGCGAAGAAGCAGAAGCUGCCCCCGUCCCCGCAGCAGACUCCGGGCGGCUCCAUAUCCUCGCCGCACCCCUCGCAGCCCAGUCAGGAGGAGUCCAGCCCGUGUUCGGACAUGUCGAGCUACGAGGAGCCGCCGUCCCCGCUGUCGGCGGCCAGCUCGGGGCCCCUGGCUCCCGCUCAGGUCCCCGCCCACCGGCAUCCGAGCAGGGCCUCCGACCAGGACGUCUGUAGCGUUCGAGAUGCGCCUUCGCCCUGUCGGCGCUUCUUACCCAACGACCCCACCAAGUGGAACGUGGAGGAGGUUUACGAGUUCAUCCGGUCGCUGCCAGGUUGUCAGGAGAUCGCGGACGAGUUCCGCUCUCAGGAGAUUGACGGACAGGCCCUGCUCCUGUUGAAGGAGGACCACCUCAUGAGCACCAUGAACAUUAAACUGGGACCUGCACUCAAGAUCUUCGCACGCAUCAACAUGCUCAAAGACUCGUAGCAGCAAAGAGUGACUCGCGUGCGUCUGUCUGCAAGUGUGUGAGAGAAGAGCGGACUGUAAAACUAAAUUAUGAUUACUCCUCAGAAUUAUCCCGACGAUAUCGUGGCACUGACGACACAGACUGACUGCACUAUGACCUCGCCUUCUCCCCACUACUGGACUGGUUCCUUUGAAACACACUCGUAUUCACCCGCAUCUGCUCAAUAACGUUGUAAACGUCAGCUCUGUCUUUAGCAGGACUGAUGGCAGUUAUGUUUAGAGCUGGAGCGCUGGAAGCUGUUUAUGUUUACGUGCACUCACAGGGACUAAAUUCAGGAGCCACAGUGAGGUUUGUGCCAUAUUACAAAAUGUUCAUUCUCACAUUAAAUGAGUGAAUGACACACAUGGUACUAACAUGCAAGCUGUAUCUUGAUACCUGAUCUGGCUAAAGAACAAGUUGUUCAUGACGUCGUGUUCCUAACUGGGCGCCAGUUUUGAGCUGAACUUUUGUCAGACGCAGUGCUUCUAUUUGUUCUGGUUGCUUGCUUUAAACGGCUGAUUGGUGAAGUUGAAAUAUCGAGCUGGAGGGAGAUCGACAGGGAGCUGAACGCUUCUGUUUGCUACGUUGUACGUCAUUACCAGGAAAUUUCACAACAUAACGUGUGUUUUCUGUUUAAAAAGUACAAAUGUGGGAAGAUAAAAGGCACAACUCACCCAUCCUUUAAGUUCUGUCGCCAGUCUUAUCUCAGCCGCACAGCUGCUGGUUUGUUUACAUGACGUAACGUAGCGCUAGCUGUUAGGACACGGCGUCUCUCUCUGUGGCCGAGACAUUUUCCCCAAUCGAAUAUUAAUAUUUAUAUUCCAAAUCGUUUUUUCUUUACCCUUCGAAUAUGUUAAAAUUGAGAAUAUUGGUUGACAGCCCUAACGUGCAUGCAGAACACACAGCAUUGGGUCUGCUGUUGGAUCCACCAGACCUGGAACCCAACACUGAUCAGAUCACAGCCAGGUGUACCUAUUUAGCAUUUUAAGAUCUUAUCAUAAUGAGGGCAGAACAUUCGACAACAAGAGCGCUUAUUAAUACUAGGUGAUGAUGCUAAGGCCUUUAUUACAUGUCUAGUGGAGGUUCCUUGAUACGAGCAUUUGUAAAGGGGAGAAAAUAUCAAAUAAAACUGAAAGAACCUGUCGUGCCAAAGUGCACUACAUCUCAGUUGUGCCCGAGUCGGGUCUCUGAAUUACGGCAUUACGACAACGUGAGUGAAGUCUGAAUGGAUUAUUAUUAUUAGAGAUGUUUUUUUGUACAGUUUUGUUAGCGUGAAUGAAAGAGGGCCCCUUCUGUGAGGCUGGGAACAGAUACUUGCGUUGAUCAAUGUUCUCAUUUUUAUUCAGUCGGCGCUCCGUUGCCUUUUUCUCACAAUGCGACUCGCAGCUCUCCAAUUCAAAGCUCGAAUGCAGAGAAACGGUUUCUUUUGUGACAUUGAUUUCCCUUUCAUGAACUCUCCAGUUUUUCGCCUGUAGAUUUUAACGACUUAGAUGAUUUUUCGCAGCUUUUUCAAAAUGAUCUUCUAGAAUCUGACAUUGAUUUCUUGUCUCAGUUUCAUAGGAAGACACUAAGUUAUCUGAGGAACAAUGAGGGUGUGCUGCUCUCGUCACACAGCCCCGCUUUUGGCACUUAUUUUCCUUUUUACUUGCUUUAAUGUUAUGAGACACUCCACCAGAGUGAGAGUGGAAUUUAAACAAGUGUAUAUGUACGUAUAUGUACAUAUAUGUACAUAGCAGCUUGAUUGAGGGGGAAAGACUGAAACUAAGUGUGAAGCUGUGGUUAAGACAGAAAUUUAAUGGUGUUUAAUAUUUUGAAAUAUGCAAAUGUAUAAAUAUCAUGGCCUGGGAAUUGUUUUUUAAUGUUUGUUUUUGUCUAAUGAAAUAUGUUUAAAUCUAUUUGUGUAUUGUGGCUGUGAUGGAAGGUCAACCUUUUUUAGAUGAGGCUUUGUCAAAUGCUUGUAUUUAUCAAAACAGUUUGUUACACAACAUUUUGCAAUUAUAAAUAAUUUGCAAUACA